AUGAGGAAUGCAACCAAGAGGAAGAGAGAACCCCAACAUGGCCCACAACAAAACAAGAAACAUUCCACGAAAUCACCUUCUCGAUCUCCAGCUAACCCUAAGCCCCAGGAGGAGUACUUCGAGGAGAAGCGCAACUUGGAAGAUUUGUGGAGAGAAGUUUUCCUUGUUGGAACAGAGUGGGACCAAUUGGAUUCUGUAUAUCAGUACAAGUGGAAUUUCUCUAAUCUGGAAGAUGCAUUUGAAGAGGGCGGUGUUCUACAUGGGAAAAGGGUUUACCUUUUUGGUUGCACUGAGCCUCAACAAGUCUGCUUUAAAGAUGUAGAAAAAGUUAUCUUCGUACCUAUUAUUGUCGCUGUAGUAUCACCUUUCCCACCAUCUGAUAAAAUUGGGAUUACCUCUGUUCAAAGAGAGAAUGAAGAGAUUAUUCCCAUGAAACAAAUGAAAAUGGAUUGGAUCCCAUAUAUGCCCUCAAAGGACCGGUCUGCUUCAAAACAUCUAAAGUUGGAACAAGUAAAAAAGUAUGAGUACUGCUUGCCAUAUUUCUACCAUCCAUUCAAGGAAGACGAACUUGAACAAAGUACCGAGGUUCAAAUAUUGUUUCCAACAGAGCCGAAGCCGGUCUUUGGUACAUUCGAUUGGAAGUUUGACGAUCUUGAGGAGUUCACUAAUGCUGUCAUACAAGAUGAGGAAUUAUCAGCAGAUCAAAAAGAUGCCUUCAAGGAAUUUGUCAAGGAAAGAGUACGUGAAGCAAAGAAAGCUAAUAAAGAGGCAAGGGAAGCUCGGAGGAAAGCCAUUGAGGAAAUGAGUGAGGAAACUAAAGCUGCAUUUGAAAAUAUAAGAUUUUACAAAUUCUAUCCUGUGCAAAGUCCAGAUGCUCCUGAUGUGUCAAAGAAGUGUGAAGUCAUUAACAGGUAUUAUGGAAAGGCUCAUGAGUAUCUGUGAUUUGCUCCCAGACGACGAUGUUGACGGCUUAAAACUUUUCAUGCUUGUUUUGCGUGUAGCUAGAAGUGGUCUGGUUGUUGUUUACCGUAGUAUCAUCUCAGUGGCGUAGUUAUUAAGAUGGAACAGCAUUUUGUUCUUGAGGAGAAUAUGUUGGAAGUUGACUGCCCCUACGUGACACCUGAGGUUGUCCUCAAGGCUUCAGGUCAUGUGGAUAAGUUUACAGACCUCAUGGUUAAGGAUGAGAAGACAGGGACAUUUUACCUGCCGAUUACUUGCUCAAGGACUUUUGCAAUGCGAAGCUGCAGAAUUUUGGUGGACUUUGUGGUUGCCAGGAUUUGGAACAAAAACAUGCGGGAGAAAAGGAAAGAAAUGUAUUGGAAAUUUAACAGGAAAAAAAUUCAAUUUGGGGUUUCGAAGGAUUUCUACUGGGCGAUUGAUAGAACCCUUUGGGCCUUUCUCAUGGUCUAAAAAAAAAAGAGAAAUUUAAAAAGAAAACCUUACUACCCUAAAGUCGACUUACAUAAUAAUUAUUAAUUUUUUUUAAAUGAAUAAUUCCUUGCGUAGUUGCGUUUACAUGAGAUAUUAGACAAUGACACAAUGAAAGGAGUGAAACUCAUUCUUCGGUGGAAGCAGAGGAGUGAUGAGGGAAAGUUGACCACACAUCUUGCCAUGUCUUGUGGCCUUCAGUUACCUCGCGAACAACAGAUGCAACCUUUUCGGCAUCAACCUGCACUUGAUCCUUGUUGUCCCUCUCCCGAAUAGUUACUAAAGAUGUUGAAUCUACCGUGAUUUCCAAGGGCACACCAAGUUCAUCUGUUCUUGCAUACCAUUUUCCUAUUGAUGUACCUGUUAAUAUUUUUGACAUUAGUCUUAAGCAUGUGAACUAUGAUAUAACUUGUAUAGUGUCAAUCUUAUUAGAACUUCUAUUUAUUGACUAACCCGUAAUGUCAAUCUUAUUUGAUAUAC